UGGCAAGCUGUCAGUCAGCGUUUGAGUUCUGCCUCAGCAAACUCUAGCAAAAUAUACACUUAGUGGUGAUAAAAAAAAAACUAACAGCUCCUGCAGUUCUGCUUCUAGUGCUUCGGUUCAUUAUCUCGCCGGCAUAUCGUGCAAAGUACCGCCGCCACCAUGACGGAUGCAAACAAUAUCUUGGCCCUGUUGCAGCGCCCUCUGGAACCGACCUUCCUGCCGAAGGAUGACGGUAAGACGGUCAUCGACUUGCCGGACGAGUUCCUUACCGACCGGUACCGGCCGAUUGGGGCCGAGCUGCAGUCCCGCUUCUCCAGCGACGCCGAGCAGCGCAUCCCGGUGCGAUCGGUCGCGAUGCCGGAUCUGUCCUUUGCCAAUGGAAUCGAUCGCCGUGGUGCCUUUUCGCUGUUUGCGCCGAAGCAUCGGGAUGCCGCCGCCGCCCUGAUCAAUCUGUUCCUGCAGCAGCCCGACUUUGCGACGCUGAUGAGUGUGGCCACGUACUGCCGCGAUCGGCUCAACCCGGUGCUGUUCCAGUACAGCUUGGCGGUGGCCGUGCAGCAUCGCGAAGACACCAAGGACGUUAACAUCCCGUCGAUCGUGUCGCUCUUCCCGGAUCAGUUCGUUGAUCCAGCCGUUUUCCCCAAGCUGCGCGAGGAAGGUGCUGCGGUGCAGCAGGAGAACCGGAUGGUGAUUGACAUCCCACCGAACUAUACCGCCUCGGACCGGGAGGAUGAGCAGCGGAUGGCGUACUUCCGCGAGGAUAUCGGUGUCAACAUGCACCACUGGCACUGGCAUCUGGUAUACCCGGGCGAUGGACCGGAUGAGGUCGUGCGCAAGGAUCGGCGCGGCGAGCUGUUCUUCUACAUGCACAGCCAGCUGAUUGCGCGCUACAAUGCGGAUCGGUUCUGCGCCAAGCUGAAGAAGGUGCGCAAUCUGACCAACUACCGCGAGCCGAUCGUGGAAGGCUACUACCCGAAGAUGAUCCGCAGCUCGAACAACCGGUCGUACCCGGCACGGGCCGCCAACACGACGCUGCAGGACGUCGAUCGCGUCGACAACGGAACGACCGUAUCGGUGAACGAUCUCGAGCGGUGGCGCGAUCGCAUCCACGAGGCGAUUGACCAGGGCUUCGUGCUGGACAAGAGUGGUAACCGCAUCAUGCUGGACGAGCAGCGCGGCAUCGACAUCCUCGGCGAUGUGGUGGAAGCGUCCAGCCUGACGCCGAACGCUCAGCUGUAUGGCAGUCUGCACAACAUGGGCCACAACGUGAUCGCGUACGUGCACGAUCCGGACUACCGCUACCUGGAGGAUUACGGCGUGAUGGGCGACGUGACGACGGCGAUGCGCGAUCCGAUUUUCUACCGCUGGCACGGCAUGAUCGACGGCAUCUUCCGCCGGCACAAGGAGCUGCUGACGCCGUACACGGCCGAGCAGCUGGGCAACCCGGGUGUCACCGUCAACUCGGUCGGCGUGCAGCUGUCCCGGCCGAACACGCCCGCCAACGUGCUGCUCACGUACUGGCAGCGAUCGCAGGUCGAUCUGGCGGCUGGGUUGGACUUUGGUCCGAAGGGUAACGUGUUCGCGUCGUUCACCCAUCUGCAGCACGCACCGUUCUCGUUCCGCGUGGAGGUGAACAAUGAGUCGGGUGCGGUGCGCAAGGGAACGCUGCGUAUCUGGCUUGCACCGAAGUCGGACGAGCGCGGCACUGCGCUGACAUUCCGCGAGCAGCGUCGGUACUUUAUCGAGAUGGACACAUCGACAGUGACGCUGAACCCGGGCAUGAACACGAUCGUGCGCCGUUCGGACCAAUCGAGCGUUACCAUCCCGUACGAGCGCACGUUCCGUGCGAUCGGCACCAAGUCCGCCCCGACCGACAAAGAUGCGCUGGCUCAGUUCCGCUUCUGCGGUUGCGGCUGGCCCCAGCACAUGCUCGUCCCGAAGGGUUCACCCGAAGGCGUCCAGUUCGAUCUGUUUGCGAUGGUGACCGAUUUCGAGCAGGACUCCGUCGCCCAAGAGCUUGACCCUAACGCACCAUGCAGCGAUGCCCACUCGUUCUGCGGACUGCGCGACAAGAAGUACCCGGACCGUCGGGCCAUGGGCUAUCCGUUCGAUCGUCGCACCGCGGACACGGUUGCCACGCUGGCUGACUUUGUCACCCCGAACUCGAACAUGAAGACGGCCACGGUGCAGGUGAAGUUCAACAACACCGUGAUUGCGCGCACCUAAAAAGCUUGACAUUUUUAUGCCCUACUAUUGGAAAGAUAACAGAUAACAGCGAAUAAAACACAACACUCAUAAUCUCAACCUUUCUUCAGCAUAAA